AGCAGAUCAGGCACGCGCGCUUGGGCUGUUUGGAUCCGAGUCUGUUUGCAGGCAUUUGCGCUCUUGCUGCUUUCUUUUUGUUUUUGUUUUUGUUUUUUACAACUUUUACAUAAACAGUAAGAAUGAAGGAGAGGAGAAACGCACAGCCACUGGUGAUUAGAUGUAAGCUGGUUCUGGUUGGUGACGUGCAAUGCGGGAAAACAGCUAUGCUGCAGGUCCUGGCAAAAGACUGCUAUCCAGAGACGUAUGUGCCCACUGUGUUUGAGAACUACACAGCAUGCCUGGAGCUUGAAGAUCAGCGUGUGGAAUUGAGUUUGUGGGACACAUCAGGUUCUCCUUACUAUGACAAUGUGAGGCCACUUUGUUACAGCGACUCUGAUGCCGUGCUCCUGUGCUUUGACAUCAGCCGUCCAGACACUGUCGACAGUGGACUCAAGAAGUGGAAGACAGAGAUCAUGGACUUCUGCCCCAACACCCGCAUUCUACUUGUCGGCUGCAAAACGGACCUGCGCACGGAUGUGUGUACACUGAUGGAACUCUCCAAUCAGAAACAAACACCCAUUACCCAAGAGCAGGGUUCAGCCAUGGCCAAGCAACUGGGGGCUGAGGCUUACCUAGAGUGCUCAGCCUUCACGUCAGAAAAGAGCAUCCACAGCAUUUUCCGCACUGCAGCUCUGGCCUGCAUCAACAAGCUUCAGCCGCUGGCCAAGUCUAGCCCCAAUCGGCGCCUCUCUAAACGGCUCCUCCACCUGCCCAGCCGCUCUGAGCUGCUCUCUUCCACCUUCAAGAAGGAGAAGGCCAAGAGCUGCUCAGUCAUGUGAGCAGCGGGGUUGCUCUCCUCACCCCGCAAGCUUUUCCCUCCCCCCGUGCUUUAGUCCGGGGAAGGGGGGUGGGUUUUCCGAUGUCCUCAUCGCGAAGGCUUCGUCUGGGAAUCCUUCCUCACCCCCCGACAAAAUGCAUUUCAGAACAAGUGGACACUUUGCUGUCCGCUUUGUCCUGAUCUCUACACCAGUGCAUACCUGUCUUACACAGUACAGUAUCUUGCUUUUCUCGAUCGAGGUUUGAUCAUCAACCGUCAUUUCUUCAUCCUUUACUGUUAAGAGAAUUUGUGGUCCGACUUAGUAAAUAAGGAACCAGUGUUCAGCAUAUGAGGUUCGGUAACAUGACAUAAAUGUGAUAAAAACGCAUUAUUGGCUCUUGAGUGUCAACUAUAUCUGAUAUUCUUAAAAAUUAAUUAAAAAAAAAAAAAGUUCAAAAAUAUAGAGAAUAUGUACAAAAGAGUGUCCGUGAAAGUAAGGCUUCAGUUGGUGGAGCAUAAGGAAACUGUGUAAGGCCCAGGUUAUUAUAGAGGUGUUGGAGAAAGAGGUUGUUGGCCAUGAAGGCUUAUCUGGCAUUAUAAUGCUGACUGAAUUGGCUGCUGUGCAGACUGGAUACUGUAAUUCUGUUGGAAUCUGCCUGUAAUGUUGGGCUUUCUUGAACAGCCAAACAUUAAGAUAGGUGAACGUUAUAAUUGAUGAAGUAAGGAUAGAGGGGGGGGGGGCUAAAAACAAAUUUGCAGCCAGCGAUUUUUCAAAAGGCAACCAAAGACAAGCUUACUGUCCCCUCUGAUUAAAUACCACCUGAUGUAAGUGCUUCUGCAUUUAAAAAGACAAUAAAUAAUUGCCCUUGUGAACAAGAGAGAAAGAGGGAGGUGUAACUGUUGGCCCACCGGUACAUGAGUCUCCCACGUAGUGAUCAUGGAGAGCCAUGUAUCUGUGAGCCUCGGUGGGAACUCCAAAUCAUCCAACGUAAAGCUGAAUUGGACUUCAGAAAUAAUUUAGGUUCUCGAGGAUGUUUUUCUUAAAACUGUUGUAGCACCAUGUUGAUAUUUGCUCAAUCAACAAGGAUUUCAAAUAAAUCUAAACAUAUGCAGACAAGAUUGUCUUUUGAUCAACUUUUAUUCAAUCUACAUCAGACUGAAAUCGAACCAUCUUCACAUGCCAUUUAUAAUGGGUUUUAUACACAUUUCUUAAGAAUCUCGAUGUAGCACUCCAUCUUCUCUCUCCUGUGUACAGGUUUUUCUUGCCUUGUUGCCCGAUCUGAUCUACAGAAGUCUCGAGGCAGACUUUUGCGGGCAGUUCGGUACAUAUCUAAAUAUGGCUCCUUCUAAAUAAAUUCUUAAGCUUGGACAGUUUUUGUGUGCAGUGCUGCUCUCGAAAAAUCUGCUUUUAACCACAAAGCAAUAAUGAUUGACGUGCUUGUGACGCAAAGUAUAUAGAGUGGCAAUAAUAAAAAAAAUAAAUAAAAUUGCUUUGUGAUUAUAACGUCCUGUGACAGCUUUGUGGUUGUGCGUGGCCCUGCCUCCAUUACCGCUGUAAAAACAAGCCAGUCUUAUCGUAAUUUUGUUGUAUGAAGGGUUUUUGUUUUUUGUGUAGCGUAAACCUGUGUCAAAGUAAUAUUGGAUUUAAGAACAACCCAACCAUUUAAGUGCAACACAUUUAAUGUAACAUUUUGUGGUCAGGAAGGUGUAUGGGCGUGGGAUAGGUGACCGCUGUAGGCAUGGUGACGGGCAGACGAGUGGAGCAUGCAGGGUCCUUCAGUGGUCUCUGAAUUUGGACAGUUUUAAUGUGUGGAACACUCGGUAGCACUAUCUUGGAAGCCAAUUUUCAUAAAUCAUUAUAACUAUACUAAUUAUCAUUUGUAAUGAUUCCUUGUAAGAAUUUUUGCUUACAACUCCUAAUAAUGCCUCAUAAUGUACUGCAUAAAGUACCAUGCAAGUGCCACUAGUGUAAUAAAAAAAUGUGCUGUAAUGCUGCACUGUCAAUACUGUAAUAAAAAAAUCAAUUGUAACAAUGUAAUACAGAACCUUUUAGUAAUAUGGAAACACUUCCAGGUUAAUCCCAGGAAUGACCAGGACGCACGCACGCACACCUACCUACAUUAAAACGUGCUUUCCUUGCAGCUGUAUAGAAGCACUUUUCUGAAGUAAAAACAAAACUUGCUCUUCUCCACUGCAACCCUGCUUCACCCAAGAUAACUAAUGUAGCUAGCUAACGUACUUCAUUUGAAAUCACCUAGCUAAUGUUUACAAAGAGCAAGCACAAGUGCAUGAACAUGCUUGUACUCUGUCUGAAAACAAUGGAAGUGAGGCGUCCCUAUUUACUACAGGUGCUGCAUUUGUAUGUUCUUGUCUUUUUGGUAAUUCAUCUAGAGUUAAAGGUGCAAUAGUCAAUUUAAAUGUCUUACUUGUACAGGUAACCUGGAACAUAUGUAAACCAUGAUCAAAUAUAAAGCUUUACGCCUUGACCUCAGUGCAAGUGUAUUAUGUGGUUAAAAGAAACUGAUUUCUGGUCCAGAAUCUUUGGAUGUGCCUCCUGUCAGUCACUUUUAUUUAUUUUUUUAUUUUUUUUAUUUUUUAUUUUUUUAAGACACUAUAGGCCACUGUAGAUCCUGAGGGCAGAGCUUUGUGAAAAUUGGCAGGAAUCGCUCAAAUGUUGAAUCCACCAACUAGUGUUUAAAGACGAAUCCUUCCUAGUGCACCUCUUAAGUAUUUCCAUAUUCCAUUACAAAAAUAAAGUUUCAUUUGCGGUACAACACAUUAGCAUGUUAGAGCUUUAUGAGCCAUCGAGGUAUAUAAAAUGCUUACAAGGAAUGAUUACCAGCUUAUACAAUAAUGGAUAAGCAGAGUUCUAAACACUUUCAAUAGAAAGUAUUGACUACUGACAAUUACUUAAGGGGCUGAAAAUGGGGGGGGGGGUAUUUUUGGAUAACACCAAACAGGCUGGCCCUGUUUAACAAAAGAUUAUUGGGUUUGAACCAUUGUGAAAUUUAUUUUUGUUUUUUGCCCCUUUUUGGUUACCCAAGAUCAGUAUUUCCUACAUGGUCCAUCCGCAGUCAUGUGUGGUUUCAGGAGGUGAUUGUGCAAGCUAUUGUUCUUCGGUCACACAAUGAAUUACUCUGCAUUGCCUAGCAACAGUUCAAGUAAAGAGAGCGCAAAUGCUUUCUUUACUUGAACUGCUUCACAUGACUUGACAGAAACUGUAGCCACGCAUACACAAUAAUUUUUUUUUAUUGAUUUCCAGACAGGACAGGAAAAUUCUGAUAUUAAAGUCUCUUUUUCAGCUUUGGGUUGUUAAGAGAUCCACUCGUCCAAACCGUAUUGUUUCCUGAUGUUUCACCACGACCCUGCCAUUGUGUACUACUGGGCACAAAUAUAUUUAAAGCAUGUCUAACAAUGACCAGAUGUACAUAUCAUCUUUUAUAUUCUUUGUAAGACAGCGAAAACAAUACCAUAAUAUAAAUAUUCGUUCUUGUUGGUUGACCGAUGUGUUGUGAUUUGAUGUAAAAUAAUUCAGUCCUAUUUAUUUGAAUAUGAUGAUGAUGAUGAUGAUGAGGAUAUUUUUUGUUUUACGUGUAAUUUUUUAAUUUUUUUUUUUUGCCAGAGUUAUUUUUGACAUCAGUUCCUCUUCAUUGAUUGAUUACUUGUCUUUCCAGUAAUAAAGCUUGCCUUGUAUGGCAUUCAUGAA